AUGAGUGCCCCAAAAGCUCAAAAGUGGUAUCCAGCCGAAGAUAUUAAGACUCCAAAGAAGGUCAGAAAAGCUUCUCAUCCACAAAAAUUACGUGCCUCUUUAGUUCCAGGUACUGUUUUGAUUUUGUUGGCUGGUCGUUUCAGAGGUAAGAGAGUUGUCUACUUGAAGCACUUAGAAGACAAUACUUUGUUGGUUUCUGGUCCAUUUAAGGUUAACGGUGUUCCUUUGAGAAGAGUUAAUGCUCGUUAUGUUAUCGCUACUUCCACCAAGGUUUCUGUUGCUGGUGUUAACGUUGAAAAGUUCGAUGUCGCUUACUUUGCCAGAGAAGAAUUGAACAAGAAACAAAAGAGUGAAGCUAAGUUCUUUAACGAAGAUCAACCAAAGAAGGAAGUUGCUGCCAAGAGAGUUGAAGAUCAAAAGGUUGUUGACAAGGCUUUAUUAGCUGAAAUCAAGAAAACUCCAUUAUUGAAACAAUAUUUGGCUGCCUCUUUCUCUUUGAAGAGCGGUGACAAGCCACAUUUGUUGAAAUUUUAA